GGCGGCGGCAGCAGCAGCGCCAUGGGUUGUUUUUUCUCCCGCCGCAGGAAGCCGGCCCAGGACGGCCAGCAGCAGCAGCUGCAGGGAGCCGCGCAGGAGGCGGCGGCCGGCGAGCAGAAGGCGCCGCAGUACAGCUGGGACCUGCGAGCCAAGAUUGACCCCAAAGAUUACACUUUCUCUGGACUUAAAAAUGAAACUGUGGGUCGACUGCCUGGAAAAGUAGCAGGGCAACAAUUUGUCAUCCAGGACUGUGAGAACUGCAAAAUCUACAUAUUUGACCAUUCUGCUACAAUCACAAUUGAUGACUGUGUCAAUUGUCAAAUCUUUUUAGGACCAGUAAAAGGCAGCGUGUUUUUCCGUGACUGCAAAGACUGUAAAUGUGUGGUUGCCUGCCAACAGUUCCGCACGCGGGACUGCAGAAAGCUGGAGGUAUUCUUGUGCUGUGCCACCCAACCCAUUAUCGAGUCCUCCACAGGUAUGAAAUUUGGAUGUUUCCAGUACUAUUAUCCUGAGCUUGCUCUACAAUUUAAAGAUGCUGGUCUGAGUAUCUUCAACAACACAUGGAGCAACAUCCAUGACUUCACCCCUGUGUCUGGAGAAAAUAACUGGGGCCUUUUACCUGAAACUGCUGUAGUCCAAGAUUAUGUUCCUCUGCCCAGCUCUGAGGAGCUGAAAGCCGUCAGGGUUUCUACUGAUGCUACAAAGAGCAUAAUACCGGUAACUCGAGGGCAGAGACAGAAAAACAGUGAUGAAUCAUGUUUGGCCGUGUUUUUUGCUGGUGACUACACAACUGCAAAUGCCAGGAAGUUAAUUGAUGAGAUGACUAGUAAAGGCUUUCAACUGGUACAGACUAAAGAAGUCUUAAUGAAGGCAGAGGAUGCUCACAGAGUUUUCCAGCAGAGUGCAUUAGAAUUCAUUCCACUGCUGGAAAAAGGUCCAGUGGUUGCUUUGGAAUUCAAUGGAGAUGGUGCUGUAGAACAAUGUCAAAGCACUAUAAAUGAAGUUUUUAGUGGGACCAAGGUUUUUGUAUCGGAAAGCAAAGCAUCAGCAUCUCAAGAUGUAGACAAUUUCUACAAUUUUGCUGACAUGCAGAUGGGAAUGUGAAGUUUAGCAUGAAGGUGCUCACAUACAGUUUGUUUCAGCACUUGGAUGUCACUUGGCUUGAGUAUUGUAGCAGUUUUGUCAUUUAGUUUUGUAUUUCUCAUAUAUCCCUUUUAUAAAGCCACUGGUGUUUUUAAAUACCACGUUAUCUGGAGUCAACUGCAUAGAUAGCCAUGUGCAUUGUGUUUGAAAUUUAAGCUUAACUUCAAAAACAAUUGAGCUUUUCUACUAACUUUUUUACAGUGAUUUCUAAACAUCUAUCAACACUUGAAUGUUUCUUGACAAUAUCUAAUGGUUCUACAUAUUUUAAAAGUGCAAUGCUAAUCCAAGUUUGAUGCAGCAGUAAUUGUUAUCUUUCACUCAGACAUAUUGUUUAGAAAGUGUAUUUAUGUGAAACUUGCCCUUCAUAAUUUUUCCCACAUGCAAAUUUGUCUUCACUGGGGGUGCAGGAAGGAAGCUGUAGUCAUUGACUCUUUCUGAAAGCUUAGUCUGAAAUUAAUUUUCCUUGUAGCACGCUUUCAAAAGUGGUUUGUGACUUUGGCUUACUCUUGACUUCAGCACACUUUUUGAAUAAAUCUGUUUGCAGCAGCAUUUAUGGUGAGAGUUGUCACAACAGCAUUCUGGUAAGUGAGCACUUGGAGGUUUUGCUGCUUGAGGUGAAUCCUGAGCAUGAGUGCUCUGCUGAAGCUACUCUAAGGUCUGCUCAGGUUUUUUGGCAAUACAGCUGCCUCUGGCAUUGCCAGUUCACACAUGGGAUCCACAUGGGAUAUACAUGAGGCUUCUUUGCACUUGGAGCAAUAAACCUCUGGCAUAUUGUUGGUUACUAGAAGGGACAUAGCCAGUAGUCAGAGAAGGACUUUGACUGCAUUAAAAACCCCUUCUUCCUUGCUAGACUCCAGGAGAAGGCUUUUACAUGCAGAAGUAACAAAGAAA